AUGAGCUCCACCAAUGACGCGGUGUUUCUGCGUCGCAACAACCAAAUCCAAGAUGCCAUUGACUCGCAGAACAUGAAGCAGGCCUUGCAGCUGAUCGAGAAGCGUAUGAAAAAAGGCGAGAAUACGCAGUUUUUGAAGGCGAGUGAUUAUUCUUCGUUUCGAAUUUCCUACCGUUGCGACGCGGCCUGGAAAGCGAAUGUCCUCUUCAACCACGCAGAUGAAACCCAUAAAAAGAAAGGCAUUGCAGAGACCCUCGUGCUGUGCAACGCCGAUCCACCGGUCUCGGAUUUGGACUCUCUCGACAUACUCCACCGUACGCUGCGGAACAUGGACGACCAUACCGAGCUUCGGAGCGCCAUAUGGGAGCGAGCUGCUAAGGCAAAACCACAAGAUCAUGACCUUCAGAUGAGAUGGUUCAAAUUCGGAUAUGAGGCUGGUGACUGGAAGUCAGCGCAGAAAGCUGCCAUGAGUCUUCAAAAGAACUUUCCUCGGGAGCGAAAGUACUAUUUCUGGGCUAUUUUCCUUUGUUAUCGCGUUUCAGAUGACGCAGCUAGCUCAGAUAUGGACCGCAAGUUGUUUGGGACACUUGCCUAUCGCUUUGCUCAAAAGGCAGUAGCCGAGGUUCCCUCUAACCCGAAUCGUUGGACAGAGAUUGUGCAGGUUCUUAAUAGCGAGAAUGCUGGUCUUAGCUCUCGGAUUGUUAAUAACGAUAGGACUUUCAUGUUGGCCAAAGUCAUGAGCUUAGGGGCUGCUGGACUUUGGGAAGAAGGGCACUCCUACGCCAAAAGCCUGCUUGCCGUGUCCGAGAACGAAGCAGAGCGCAACACUCUGCAUGAGCGUGAUGAUUGGAAAUACUGGAAUUUGCUCAUCGCAGCCGUGCGUCAUCUUGACAAAAACCCUGGGCUGCUCUCCGACACGCAACAGCAUAUCGAGAAGUUCAUCGAGUUCAGCCCAAAGUCACGCAAUGCGCACAUCGCUCUCAUGGACAUAGCCCUAACCGGGUUUAAACGGGGUGAGCGGACAGAAGACGAUCUGGUUGUUGCGUGCCAAAGAUACUUUGACCAACACAAGCACAAACUCUAUGCUUUCAAAGACUUACGAGGGGUCUUGGAGACCCGUGAUGAUACUUUGAUCCACCGAGUAUCUCAACAUUGCAUGGACAGUGUCGAAGGGAAACCUGACGAUGCCAUUCCAUUGAUCAAUGCGUACAAGAUGCACUACUGCGACCGGAUUUCAGGCGACAACAACGCAUCGAAAUCCACCAUUGAGACUCUUGUCCGUAAUUGCCUUUACUUUUACGAUGCUUUCACUCUUCUAGCGAAGACCCAGGACUCAAAGAAAGGAAGCCAAAAAGAUACUGCUUCUGCGAUGGAAAGUCGGCCCACAGACGAUUUCUGCAUCAUUGCCGCAAUGGCCCUUCUUCAGCCCAGCCCAGCUGGCCAGGUAUCUGAGAAACUCAGCAACACUGCCCUGAUCCGCGCCGCAGGGAUCCUGGAACGUCUUCUAAUCGAUUCACCCCAUAACUACGAGGCCAUUCUUAUGUUGAUUCGCAUUUACCUUCUUCUCGGUGCUGGCUCCAUUGCUUUGAGGUGGUUUGGCAAACUGUCUGUCAAGCAAAUGCAGUAUGAAAGUGUUGCUCAUAACCUCUUCACCCGCUUUGCCACCAUUCACCCUCAUGCUGCGCCUCCUAUAGAGGGCGGAGAGUACAAGGACUUUGACCCACAAGUUGCAUUUAUCGCUGCUCUCGACUUUUAUCGUGCUGCAAACUUGACUAUCAAGAACUCUUUGAUAAAAGGACUUGAUGAUGGGGUCUACGUCAACCUGGACGAUACAAUCGAGCUUCAAAAGCGUAUCAGGGACAGUAUCUGCCGGAGAAUGUGGGCCCUGGACUUGCGUCGGAUGCAAAGAACCCGCAAAGGAAAACACCUGCCCCUCCACGAAGACACUGCCCAGGAUACAUCACCGGUUCAAGACCAGCGGAAGUAUGAUGGUUUUAUGAACCUGGAACGUUGUGACCAAUCUCCAUUUGAGCACCGAUUGCGCGCAGGCCCGAUUCCUGGGGAAAACUGGCUGGCAUCCGCCCGGCUGACUGAUCGACUUUUCAGUAUACUUGAGAGCAUCGGUAGUCAGAAGCCAGUCGUCUUGAAGCUAGAGCUGCCCAACCUCGGCGGAUUGUCGCUCUCCCAGACUGAUGAUGAUCAUACCAAUGCAGAGAGGGAUUCGACCAAGAUUCACGUAGAAUUGUUGAAAGUGACUGUGUUUAUGGCUGGAUCCAAGGCCCAUACCUCCACCGAAGUUGAGACUGCUCUUGGCGAGGUAGAGGAUUGGUUGAAGGCCAAGAGAAAGGAUCUAGCCCUGGAGGACCCCAAGAAGUCCUCUCUCAUCAUGAGGACGACUAUCGAGUUUACCCCAGGUACCCCAGGUGCACCGACAUGGGAGUAUUUCCAUGCCAUCUGGACCCUCGUGGAGACCCUCAAGGCUCUAUGGAAUAUGCUCGAGCUGGAUUCUCGAAAGGCUCUGAAGACCGCCAAACUCCCCGCCGAACAAGUGAAGCGACUGGACAUUCUUGUCCGUGAAGUUUUCGAGGACGUCCGUUCAAACACCCGAAGUUUGAAACAGAGUCUUGCCGAAUCAGCCACUCUCAGUACACUCAUCGACAUGGUCAAGCGUGGUGAUGCAACUGAUGAAUACGAGAGGCCUCUUCAAGAUGUCAUGGAAAAGGUGAUGGAUGAAUCUGCACUCGAAUUGUUCUGUGGAGAGCUGAGGGAGAGCUGGGAGGAGGCACUUGAUGGAGUGCUGGCUGCCAGGCUUUGA